CUUCCCAAUAUUUGCAAGACCAAGUAAAGGCGAAGACGGAAAAUAUAACAAAAUAAGAAGUACAAUAUACGGUGCCAAUUGAAAAAAUAAUAAUUAUAUGAAAUCAAAUAAAUAUAGGAAACUUACCCAAAUUAGAAAAAUAAUUUCCUUUAAUUUUCUUUAAAGGAAAAAUUAAACAAAUACACAAAAUUUGCACACGCUUUAGUAAUAUAAAUAAGCAUACUUCCCCCCUAAACUCCAUGAUCACCCUUUCCUUCCUCCGCCAUUUUCUCUCUCCUCUCUCCAAACACCCUCACUGACCUUACUGGCUCAAUGCAAAGGACUUCGUUCUAAUCGUUUUGGUCAAAUUUUAUUUUAAUUUUUUCGAAUUUGUUUAUUGAAUUAGUGUUGGAAUUUGACUCUUGCAUUUUCAACAUAAUACCUCAAUCAUAGGAAAGUCGGUGUUAUUAUAACGAUUUUUUGUUAAAUCCGAGGUAAAACCCGUAAUCAUGGUCGUUUAGUUCUUGGGUUUACUUCUAUUGGGAUCUUACAUUGUACUCUGCUCCAUAAUCCUGUUUUUUUUGUUGUUGUUAAUUGAUUGUUAAGUUCUUGGUUCGAGCAACACCAAAGUUUGCGAUUUUAUUAUAAGAGACGAGUUAUUCUGUUAUAACGAGUUUGAAAUUUUGUGUAAAGUAUUUUUAGUCGCCUUGAUUGUAGUAAAGAUAAAGGCUUAGAGUUUGGGAUUUUGUUGGUUAAAGUUGUUAGUAGGAAAAUAUCUUGUAAGUUGUAACAUAAAAUAUAGAAAAAUUUGGAUCUUGAUGUUUAUAUAUUGGUAAAGUUUUAGGCUUAUGGAAAUGCAACACAAGGUGAAAUGUUUCGAGGCGGGCGAUGAGUUCUUUGAUUCUGUUGAUCAUAUGUCAGCUGAACAUUGUUCUGCUGCUAAUGGAGUAUUGGGGUAUGAAUUCUGGAGGAAUGAGCUUAAGAGUGUUAAGGAAAGGCGCUAUACUUUCUUAUGCGAAAUGGGUUUUAUUGAGCCUUGUUCUUUGUCUGAAGCUGAUGCUGCUUGUGCUGAAGCUGAUGAUGAUCAUUUGGAAUUGGGGUUGGAAAGAGUGGUGGAAAGCAGUGGAGCAGUUUCGAGUUCGUGUUCUUCAUCUGCUAUUGAUUGUGGAAGGGAAUGUAAUGGAGAUGUUAAUAUGAAUCAUGAAAUUAGGCCGAGUUUGGGUGAUGUUUGUGAGGAUGAUGAGGUAUCAACCUCCAAUAGUUGUAAGUCUAUAAACAAGAAAAUUAGGCAUUGGUGGAGUGAUUUUAUGAAGAAACAGAGAGGAAGUAUUGGUGGGUACAAAUGCAAAGUGGAUGAUAGUGAAAAGGCUUGUAAAUUCGAGAUGAGUAGAACGAAAGUCCAAGUGAAUAAAAAAAAGUUUAAGGAGCUCAACGCGUUAUUUGCAGCACAGGAAAUCCAAGCUCAUAGUGGUAUCAUCUGGACUAUGAAGUUUAGUCCUGAUGGUCAGUAUCUGGCAACUGGUGGAGAAGAUGGUGUUGUUCGAGUUUGGCUCAUUAAGUCGAUAGAUUCAUGCCUUCAGAGGUUUCCAGAUGAAUCUAGUAGUGCUAGAAAAGAUAAAAAUAGUGGACAUAAAAGAGAUAUGAAGGUGGAAACACCAGUAGUAAUUCCUGAUAAAAUGUUCAAAAUCGACGAGGUGCCUGUACAAGAGUUUCAUGGUCAUACCGCGGAUGUCUUAGACCUUGCUUGGUCUAACUCUAAUUAUCUUCUUUCGUCGUCCAUGGAUAAAACUGUUCGCUUGUGGAAACUUGGAUCUGAUACAUGUGUCAACACUUUCCAUCAUACUGAUUAUGUUACCUGUGUUCAAUUCAAUCCUGUAAACAAUCGUUACUUCAUAAGUGGUUCAAUCGAUGGAAAAGUUCGUGUAUGGGGAGUAUCAAAGCACCGGGUUCUAGACUGGGCCGAUAUCAGAGAUGCAGUCACAGCUGUAUGUUACCAGCCUGAUGGACAGGCAUUCGUCGUAGGAUCUGUUAGUGGCUGCUGCCAGUUCUAUGAGACAAAAGGGAAAUUAUUCGAGCUCAGUGCACAUAUUUUACUUCAUGGAUGCAAAAGAUCAACCACUAAUAGGAUUACAGGAAUACAGUUUCCGUCAGAGGACUCUCAGAAGGUUAUGGUUUCGUCAGAAGAUUCUAAACUCUGUAUACUUGACAAGAUGGAUGUUGUCUGUAGAUUCCGAGGUCUUAACAAGUCAGGAAGUCAAAUGUCAGCUUCAUUUACAUCAAACGGGAGUCAUAUAGUAUCGAUUGGACAGGAUUCACGCGUAUAUGUAUGGAAUCAUGACUCAACAGAUCAAUCAUCAUCGAGCAAUACAAAGUCUAUUCGUUCUUGUGAGCAUUUUUACUCCGAAGGAGUGUGUGUUGCAGUACCUUGGUGUGGUACUACAACACUGCCAAAGGGUUCAAGUAGCUUAUUUACCAACCAUGAAGCGGCCUUUAUAAACCGAUCUCCUCCUAAUGUGAACCUAAGUAACUUGUUCUCGUCUAAGAGCUCUGCCAUCUUGCCUGAGGACAUGCUUCCUAUCUACACUAAGGACCAUUGUCAAGAGCAUAACAACAUUGCUCAUUUUUCGACAUGGGGGCUUGUGAUGGUCACGGCUAAUUCGAAUGGAAAGAUCACGACGUUCCAUAACUAUGGACUCCCAACUAGAGUUUAGAGAUUAUAUAGGUAGAAUACCAACAACCAAAAUCAUACAAUUAGUUGUAAUGUGUAGCAUUCAUAUUGUGUACAUACAUUUUUUUUUGCAAAUGUAGUAUAGUCGCUUAUCUCUUGGUUGUUCAUUAAUUCUUCAAAGGGUAGCUGAAGCCUAAGUAACAUACAUUUGGUUUCUCUGCUCUUUGUUUGUGUAGUACUAUUGAGUAGUUCAGCUUGUAUAUGGUAAUUGAUUACCAAAGUUAUGCAAA